GUGUGUGUGUGUCGCUCUUUAUUGUUCCAGUAGAAAGCUCAAUGCGAGGUUUCCCCACAUUUGUCUCAAUGGCUACCGCGCAGAAACCACGUCCCACCUGAGAGGGAGCGAUUCGGCUGCGAAGAGGAGGACUUUAUAUCAACCGAAACUCCAACACAACGCGGUGUGGGAUUUACUGUCUGCGUUGGAAAUACUGAAGAAAAAAGAAGCUCUCACAGACGGACAAUCUGUGGAUUCUGAAGAAAGAGAGGGGGAUUUGAGAAGAGGUUCCUGCGGUUCAAGAGAGCCUUAACCGUAGCGUCCUUCACCAUGGUGGAACCAGCCGACAGGCCGUCUACAGCCGGGCAGAGGUUGGGAGCCCCUGACAGUUUCGGGGUGUCCACUCUGGAGCCGGGCCUGCGCCCUCCAACACAGCCUCCCGGGAGACAAGUCUCCAUCAGGGUUCAGAUGCUCGAUGACACACAAGAAGUCUUCCAAAUUUCGCAACGUUCCACCGGCAAAGUGCUGUUCGACCUGAUUUGCGUCCAUCUCAACCUGGUAGAGGGAGACUACUUUGGACUGGAGUACCAGGACCAGCGCAAGAUGACGGUGUGGCUGGACCUGCUGAAGCCGACACUGAAACAAAUCAGAAGGCCUAAAAACACCAUCCUUCGCUUCGUGGUCAAGUUCUUCCCUCCUGACCACACGCAGCUCUUGGAGGAGCUGACUCGGUAUCUGUUCGCCCUGCAGAUCAAACGCGACCUGGCCUGCGGACACCUCAUCUGUAACGACACCAGCGCUGCCCUCAUGGUCUCCCACAUCAUACAGUCUGAGAUCGGGGAUUUCGACGAGACCCAGAGCUGGCAGCACCUCCUCCACAAUAAAUACCUGCCCGACCAGGACGCCAUCAGAGAUAAGAUCACCGACUGCCACCGCAAGCAUGUCGGGCAGACUCCCGCAGAGUCGGACUACCAGCUGCUGGAAAUCGCUCGGCGGUUGGAGAUGUACGGCGUCCGUCUGCACCCGGCGAAGGACCGGGAGGGGACCAAGCUCAGCCUGGCUGUGGCGCACACCGGGGUCCUGGUUUUCCAGGGAUACACCAAAAUCAACGCCUUCAACUGGUCCAAGGUUCGAAAGCUCAGCUUCAAGCGCAAAAGAUUCCUGAUCAAGCUGAGAGCUGACCCCGCUCAGAGUGCUCACCACGACACCCUGGAGUUCGCCAUGGCGAGCAGGGAUUGCUGUAAGAUCUUCUGGAAGAUCUGCGUCGAGUAUCACGCCUUCUUCCGCCUCUUCGAGGAGCCCAAACCCAAACCCAAGCCCAUCCUCUUCACCAGAGGAUCCUCGUUCCGCUUCAGCGGGCGAACCCAGAAGCAGAUCAUCGAUUAUGUGAAAGACUCUGAGCUCAAAAAGGUUCCGUUUGAAAGGAAGCACAGUAAGAUCCUGUCCAACUUCGGCAUGUCUCCUCAGUCGUCUUCCUUCAGAUCACAAGUGCCAAAAGAGAGUGCCAUGUCUGUGCCAUUAGCAGACCAGCCUGACUCAUCCAGACUGGGCCACCAAGCUGACGGUUCAGAGGAGCAACCGGCGGCCGCGUCCUCCACCAACGGCUUCCACGACGCCGAGCCGACUCAGUCCCCGCAGAACCACAACGGCACAGGACCGGACCCCAAGUUCCUCAACCCAGAAAGUCCCGGUUCAGAGGACUCUCCAGCGGGAAGUCCCCACGUGGUCGUCAACGGCAACGGCUCUGUGCACGGACAAGGCAUUGCCGGCAUCGGUGUCCUGCACGGACCGGGUCAGAGUCCGGAGAGACAGCAGCUGUCGCCUCUCACCAGCCCGCUGCUCACUGACGCCGGGUGUGUCCGCCAUGAUGAUGAAGAGGAGGCGAGGAGGAAGAAGUUUCCCACAGAUAAGGCCUACUUCAUAGCCAAGGAACUGUUGACAACGGAGCGGACCUACCUCAAAGACCUGCAGGUCAUCACAGAGUCUUUCCACAGUGUUGCAGAAAAAGACGAGGUCUUACCGGACUCGGUUAAAAACCUGAUCUCUUCCAACUACGACCCGGUCUACAAGUUUCACCAGGGCUUCCUGAAGGAGGUGGAGCAGCGGCUGGCACAGUGGGAGGGUCGUUCCAACGCACACAUUAAAGGAGACUAUCAACGAAUUGGCGACAUUCUUCUGAAGAACAUUCAGGGACUCAGGCAGUUGACGAUUCAUCUUCAGAAACAUUCAGAGUGCCUGGUGGAGCUUGAACGAGCCUGCAGGUCUAGUCGGAAGGCGGAGGCCGUGUGUCGAGACUUUGAGCAGCAGAGAGUGUGCUACCUGCCCUUCAACAUCUUCCUCCUCCGCCCUCUCCACCGCCUGCUGCACUACAAACUCAUCCUGGAGCGGCUCUGCAAGCACUACCCGCCCACACACGAGGACUUCAGGGACUGCAGAGCUGCACUGGCAGAUAUUUCAGAGAUGGCGCUGCAGCUCCAGGGCACCAUGAUGAAGAUGGAGAACUUCCAGAAGCUCCUAGAGCUGAAGAAAGACCUCACCGGCAUCGAGAACCUCGCAACCCCCGGAAGGGAGUUCAUCAGGCUCGGCUGUCUCAGUAAACUCUCAGGGAAGGGCCUUCAGCAGAGGAUGUUCUUCCUGUUCAGUGACUCUCUGGUGUACACGAGUCGGGGAAUGACGCCGUCCAACCAGUUUAAAGUUCACGGCCAGCUCCCCCUGUUCGGCAUGACGAUCAGAGAAAGCGAGGAGGAGUGGGGGGUCCCUCAUUCGUUCACCUUGUUCGGACAGCGUCAGUCUGUGGUGGUGGCAGCCAGCUGUGCGUCAGAGAUGGAGCGGUGGGUGGAGGACAUCAGGAUGGCCAUCGACCUGGCGGAGCAGAGCAGCAGCCCGAACACUGACCUGCUGUCCACCAGCCUCUCUGAGAACAAGCUGUCGGAGGACGUUGGAACCGAUCUGGAGUCGGAGGAUGAGCUCGGCGGUUCGCGCUCCUCUCUGGAGCGUCAGGGUCACCGUGGCAACACCACCGUGCACGUGUGCUGGCAUCGCAACACCAGCGUGUCCAUGGUGGACUUCAGUGUGGCUGUGGAGAACCAGCUGUCGGGUAACCUGCUGAGGAAGUUUAAGAACAGCAACGGCUGGCAGAAGCUCUGGGUUGUCUUCACUAACUUCAGCCUCUUCUUCUACAAGUCACACCAGGAUGACUAUCCUCUGGCCAGCCUCCCUCUGCUCGGCUACUCUGUCACCGUCCCGUCUGAGUCCGAGAACAUCCACAAAGACUACGUCUUCAAACUCCACUUCAAAUCCCACGUCUACUACUUCAGAUCAGAGAGCGAGUACACGUUUGAGAGGUGGAUGGAGGUGAUCCGCAGCGCCACCUGCUCCGCCAGCCGCUCGCUGCCCAGCAGCAGGAAAGACCUUUAUUGAUGAAGCUAUCCUCCCCUCGAGAGACUGUGGACUUCAGGCUGCACAAACACCACAAAGAGACUCUUGUUUUAGACAUCCAAUCAUGACGCAACACAGCAGGCGCUAAAUCCACUCCAAUUAAAAGA